AAUACAAGCACCCCAUGUUAGGCUUGCCCCGCGACAGUUUUCCAGUUCAAACCCCUUGCGCACAAUGCGCGCACUUCAGAGCGAUUUUCUGUGCCUAUACGUUUCCUCGAUGCAUAACAUCAUAUCAGCGCUAUUACUUGAGCCCAGAGGCGACCGGUGCUGCCAGAGCGCAUUCCAUCACACCGGCCUGAGCCACUUAUCCACAAUCGCAGCAAUUGUGGGUGAUAUGUUGAUAUCAUACACUAGUGUAGAGUUGUUGGCGGGAAGAAAGGAGCGCGCAAGCCCUUUGUACCGGCCGCAACUCGCCGAGGCAGUGCCGGGUGCGUCUACCGUGUACAUGGUUGGGAGGACUGCGAUGAAUUUUGAUGAAGCUUCAGGAUUAAAUAAUUACAGCGCAUCAGACGGCGACGCGGAGCUAGGGUCUACGCGUUCAAUGGGUCGGGUUCUCGCCAAGCUGGUCGCCGCGAUCUAUGGACUUUAGCGUCCUAGUUGGGUUUUGGUCAAUAGAGUGGUCAAAGGUAGCGGCAGUACCAGCAGAGUGCCUGAGGCGGGCGCUGCUGGCGGGCCACUACGGGUUCCUGACUUCCUGAUUUCCCGAUCAUCGCGAUUUGCGUACUUAUCAUAAUCCUCGUGCUCCCUCCCUGAGAAGUAAUUCUCUUGCUUGCGAAUAGCAACACAAGGCAACAUAGCCUCUUUGCCUUACGUUCUAAGCUGCCUUCAGCCAAAGAAGGUCAACAUGCUUCGUCGCGCAUUUCGCUCGUCCGCCGCUCGUCCGCCCGGGCAUGCGCAGCGACCAGGCCAGUGGACGCGUCCGCUGGUGCCCUACCCCAUUCAAGCUGCCAAACCGUUGCGGGCUGUGCGAACGGGCCACCGCCACCAAGAGCAUUCUGAUGGCGUCUUUGCGCAACCCGUCGCGCCACGCGUUGCCCAGGCCUCGGAGCUCGCCGUUGCCCCGCACCCCGAGAAUGCCAUUCAGUCCACCAAGCCCGCCACGCCGAGCUCGCCCUCACCUCUGGCCUCGUGCGAGGAGGUCGCCGUUGCCGGCGUGUCCGCACUCCAACGCCUGCUGUGCGUGAUUGUGGGCGGCACGCUUAUGGCCUUGGCAUUCAGCACCUCGGCACUCACCUCGAUGAAGGAGUCCAUGGGAGGCGCCGUCGCGGUGGAGGUGCCUGAGACGGGGCUGGUGCAGCAGCCCGCCACCACCACGCGGCCACACCCCAGUGCUGUGGCCCCCGCCGUCUCUGCUGGCGCUGAGACUACUGCCACUGCCCGCUUCUCCACGACCUCCACCGAGGCCGCGCUCGGGCCCACCGCCGCCGCCACCACCAUCAUCCCCACCACCGCCACCACCACCACCACCACCACCUCUCAUCCCAAGGUCGUGCCCAAGGCCGCCAGCCAGAAGGUUGUGCGCAAGAGCUGGCGCCAUGGCGUGCGCAAGGCCGUGCGCAUCCUCCGCCGCAUGGGGGUCAUGCCCACGGACGCGGUGAAGGACCUGAUGCGCUACGACCCCGCCGCCGCCAGCGCCGUCCUGGCCGGCACCGCCGUGGCGGACAAGGUCGUGGUGCCCCACAGCGUGGGCCAGUUCCUGAAGGCCAUCAAUACCUGCAUCGCCAAGGGCCAGCUCUUCGCGUUCUGCCUCCUGUCCGAGCCGGCCUGCAGGGCACAGCAGCCCGCCAUCGACCGGGCGGUGUCGGACCUGGUGGCAAAGGGCGUGACGGUCAUUGCGGUGGUCGCGGGUGCCGACUUCGCCCAGCGCGCCUGGCUGGCUCGCAAGGAGUACUGCUCCCGGAAGCUGCCCGCCCUGGGCGCGGCGCUGGACAUGCAGGCGCAGUUUGGCAUGGACGUGGCCGUGGCGUCGCUGCUGCCUGGUGCCUACGCCCGCAAGGACUUCGUACCGCCGCGCCUGCCGUGCUUUGCGUUUGGCGGCCUGCACCAACACUCAGACGUGGCGUGGGAGGCCAACGCCCCCGUCGCGUACGUUAACACCGCCGACGUCGACACCGAGACCUGGGCGCUGGCCGCAGCGAUGCGCGUGCUGCCGCUGUCCGCGCCGGCGCCGCUUCAAGACGUGGCGUGGGUGUGCCGCGAGCAGCUGCACCAGCUGUCCUGCCUCAAGGCCAAGCUGCAGCUGGGAGGGCAGCAGGUGGAUGGCGAGAUCGCCCUGACCAGCGCUGGACCCGCCGCCGCCGCCCGCGCCGCCAUGGCCGUCGCUGAGGCGGCUGAGUCCAAGGCCGCCUCCGCCGCCUCCUCCGCCGUCAGCACCGAGCAGCCGCCGCGUGCCUACCUGCCGGCCAGCCUGUCGCACCUGGUUCCCACGUCGGUGGUUGACUUCCUCCGCCGCAACGCCCGCGCCACCGCUGCCGGCAAGCUCCUGGCUGUCAUCCGUGUGUCAGAGGACUCGUGGCAGAAGCACGAGGCCAGCAUCCGCGCUGCUCUGGGCGCUGCCUCUGCCGGCUCCGUGUGGGCUGAGCCCGUGCUCCUACCCCUGAGCCUCGGCAGCAGCUGCGGCAUUGCGCCGGUCGGCAGUAGCUCGCUGGUGCCUGCCGCGCUGCCCGCCCUGUACGUGGGUGGCGGGGGGUACCUUGCUGAGCACUGGUCGGCUGAGGCUGACCUGCUGAGCGGUCAGGCGCCGGCGGUCGGCCUGUCUGACAUGCGGCAGGCGAUCGACCUGCACGCUAUGCGCCAACGCGCAUGGCUGCGGCGGCGUGAGGUGCCCGAGUGAAACUGUUGUGAUGGGCGUGGCGGUUGAGCGUCACUAAGUAGAUGCGGCCUGCAAGUGGGCGUGUGAGUGUCAUGUACAAUAGCCUACAACCGCAGUGAUAUCUCUGGGCGGGGAUUAUGUACGCAAUCUUUGAAAGCAGGAGUGUGCAAUGGCUACCUAUUACGCAGUGUAAGCAGAGAUUCGCACUGAUGGUGCACAUGGUAGCCGCACCCAAGUUUCUCUAACUCUGGGACCAUUGACUGUUUUGCAGGAGCCAAAUAUGCUCCCAUCACUCGUGUGACUGUGUUUCACGAAACCUGUUCACUUGACAGCUUGUGACACUGCUGGAAUGAUGACUGAUUACUCUGACGCAUGGGAUGUUAUACAUAAAACCAUACUCCAUAUCGUAUGCGACCAUUUACUGGCUCUCCUCUACUGUGAUACGGUAUUGGGAAACGGGCGUAGGGCGUGCGUGUAAGCACCACCCUGGCCAAAGCGUUUCGACGCAGAGUGAGCAGAGAGCCGUCUUCCUUCCAACUGUGAUUGUUCUGUGCGUACAUAUGCUCGGCUUGGAUGGCGCGUGCGAUUGUUACCAAGGACCUUGCGUCCUGACUAAGUAUGCCAAUCCCAUCGUGUGGAGACAACGCCUUGGCAAAUGCCAUUGGUGGCCCACCGUGGGGUCAUGGGCGCCCCCGUAAUGUGGAGCCGUCCAAGACCGCGGACCGUCUCAUUUCAUUCUUUUGUAUCUAUUUUUGUUUGCUUUAAGGCUGCGAAAGGCUUGGGCUGUGAUACCGGGCAACGGUGCAAGGGAGGAGCCCGUGAGGUGCCCUUGCGCCUGAGACAGGCGCUGGCUAAUUUGUUUGACUUUCAGUGCCACUGGCAAAGAGUUUGUUCUAUGCCGUGCGUUCAUGGUUACCGUAUUUGGGUUUGGGGUUUGGAGACAAGGUUGGCAAGUAAGGGGAGGACAGUUUUCCCUGGUCGGCUGGGUGGUGUCAAAUGGGCCGAGCAGGGAGGUCCCCACGCGUGUGGGGUCAAGGACUCGGCCAGCAAACACUCGCAUGCAAAGACAGUGUGUAAUUCAAUGUUGAGAGCUCUGCUUCUCUUACGAGCAUAUGGGACAUGGGUCGGCCCGCGUUGCCUUGCAUUGCCGCACAGCCGUCCCCAGGGCACACGCCUCAUCAGCAGUCAGUGCAGAGCGCCGCACGUGACAAGCUGCCGUGGGGCCUGGUUGCGUUAGUAGCAGUGGAGCAACAGCGGCAGAGGUGCUAGCAGUUUGCAGCGGUUCUACUGCAGCAUCUGUGUGCAGCUGUAGCUGCCGGCUCACGAUGUUGCGUGCAAGGGUUGAGACGCCCGGCUGCGUCAGCGGGAUGGCCCAGCCCAAGCCCCAACCACGGAAGCACCUCAUAAUUGUUGCGACAGCUCGAUUCCGCAAGCAAGGGCAUUCCAUACGGUCUUGUGAAUCCGCGCACCGCCCUUUUUCCCCCUCCACAGUGCUCGUAUCUUCCAUCUACACUGUAGAAAUCUGCCCGAAAUCCGCCGAAGGCGGAGAAAAAAUUUUGGGUUUGGGUGCCACGCAUCUACGCAGUGUAGACGGUUUUGGCCGGUUUUGGCGCAAAAAUGGGGGAAGCGUAGACGUUUUGGGGGCCCAAACCGGGCACUGCUCCGCCUGCUGGUGGACAAGUACGCGCACCUGGUGGUGUACGUGGACGAGUUCUACACAUCGCAGGCAAGAUGAGAGCAGACGGGUUGGAAUGAGUAGACAGGUGGUCGGGUGGACAGGAUGGGGCUCGUGUACAGGUAGCUGGGUAGCCAGCAAGGUUCACACUGUACU